AUGGGGUUUAACGCUUUAGCAUUCCUACAGAUCAUCUUGUAUAUGAGAUGUUGCGUGAGCGAGGACAGGGUUUGCCAUAUUUGGGACUGCUUGUGCAACGAAUACAACAGCUUUCUGGACCCAACACUCCCCAACAACCACCUGGAAUCAUACUCUGCUCUCAUGGUCAACAUUGAGAGGGCUAAAAAUGCUGUCAAUAACUUAAUUGCCAAAAUGCUGAGGGAACGAUUCGGCAAUAGCCGGUAUCAUCUGAGAAGUUUGAGUGAAUGUGCGUUGGAUAGAAGGAAUAGCGAUUGUCUAUAUGAGGCAUUUAAAAAUCAUUGCUCCUUGGAUAAACUUCCCACCGAGUUCCAAAUCGAAUCAUGGAAACUAGAUAGACCUGACAGAAUGUUGAACGUUUUGGAACAUGCAGCGCCGAUGUUCUCAAACAUCAAUUCGUACCUACAACAAGCUAAAAUAGACGAAUCUCGAGUUGAGGAUUUGGAUAAAAAACUGACGACAGAAUUUGAAGAAGUGCAGAAGAAAGCCAUUUACAAAAUUUACUGCAACCUAAUUGUCAUUUUGCCAAGCCCUGCGGAAUAUUCAGAAAAUUACCUAGAAGAGACGAGGAGUGGCGAUAUUGAAUCGGCAUGCAAGAAUUUGGGCGUACACACAGCAGACAACAGAAAUGGAAUGACUCUGCAGGUAUUGUUUAAAUUGCUGAAAAAUUUAGAAGAUCAUGUGAAGAAGUUCAAAUCGAGGUUGAUCAGUCGCGAUCCUUUCGUACGCGCAGACGAAGAUAUUUCAGCUGCUCGCCAGCUGGAGCAAGGAAUCCAUGGAAAAAGAAGUCCAGCAGAUAAUCUCGAAGAUGAUAGCAAAAAUGAUAUAAUUAAUGAUACUAUCAAUAUUGAUGAUAGUAAUUUUAGUAGUAGGAGAAAUAAGAAUAGUAGCCAUUUUCUUAUGGAGAAUUAUUAUGGUGGUAAGAAAAUUUCAUCUCAAGAUUACAUGCUAGAGUCGAGAUACGACGGAGAAGGAACCUUUUGA